GCAAUCAGCAAUGGCAAGCAGCAGCAUAAUACCAGUAAGGAGGCUUUAGGUGGCAACUGAGCCACCCCGCAAUUUCUGGUUGUCGCCCCAAGCGCGCGAAGCAUGGCUUUGAACACGACCAGCAAGGCGCUGCUGGUGCUGUCAGCUCUUGUGGCGCUUGCAGCAGUCUUUUGGCCCAGCGGGGGGCCGAGCGGUGCGGCCCCAGGCACCGGGGACGGCAACGGUUACGGCAGUAGCACCGCCGGUGUGGAGGAGAAAUGCCCGCUAGGCUUCACGGGGCCGAACCCGCAUUCGUUUGCGACCAGCAAGAAAAGGGCGGAGGGCUCAGCCGCGCCUAUCCCGCACGACGCCGUGCCCGCGGCCCGCACCGGCGCCGGCGCCCGCAGUGGCGGCGGCGGUGCGCCCGCCCCCGCGCCCGCACGGGGCGGCGACGGGCGGCUGCACCUCUUCUUCAACGCCACCAUCUGGACGGGCGUGGAGCCGCAGCAGGGACAGGGCGGCCAGGUGCCACUGGCUGCUGCCAUGCUGGUGCGGCGCGGCGGUGUGGUGGCGGUGGGGUCGCUGGAGGAGGUGCGCCAGGCGGCGGCGCAGGAGGCGGCCCGGGAGGGCAUCAGCAGCAGCGGCGGCGGCGGCGACGCGGCUGCAGCAGGUGCAGAGCUGGAGGUGGAGGUGGUGGGGCACGACAUGAACGGCCGUCUGCUACUGCCGGGCUUCGUGGACGCGCACGUGCACCUGGUGCCUGGUGGCCUGGCUCUGGCGGCGCCGCGCGGGCGGGCGGACCUGCACGGCGCCGCCAGCCGCAGCGAGGUGGCGGCGCGGGUGGCGGCGGCGGCGGCGGAGCUGGGCCCCGGGGAGUGGGUGCUGGGCGGGCAGUGGGACGAGGCGGACUGGGGCGGCCUGCUGCCGGACCGCUCCUGGCUCGACCAGGCCACGGGCGGCCGGCCCGCCUACCUCACCCGCCACGACCUGCACCUGGCCCUGGCCAACACAGCCGCACUGCAGCGCGCCGGGCUCAUGCCGCAGGCGGCGACAGAGACAGAGGGGGCGGAGGAGGAGGCGGUGGGGGGCAGCGAGGCCACGGGCAGGGCGGACGCAGGGGCUGUGGGAGCUGCAGGGCAGCAGCGGACCCGCAGCAGCAGCAGCAGCAAUGAGAUGGCGGUGGCGGUGGAGGGCGGGGUGGAUGUGGAGGGCGGGGUGGUCGACCGGGACCCCGCUACUGGGCUGCCCACGGGCAUACUCAGGGAGCGGGCCAUGGCCCUGGUGUCCGCCGCAGUGCCCGAGCCGCCCGCAGCCGCCCGCGCCGCCGCCGUGGCCGCCGCGGGGCGCCUGGCUGUGAGCCGCGGCGUGACGGCGGUGGGCGACAUGGGCAGGUACCCCACUGCGGACCCAGACAGCCCAUGGAGGGACCUGGUGGACGUGUACGUGCCGCUGGCUCGUGCGGGGCGCCUGCCGCUGCGCCUGUACACCCACGUGCCGCUCAGCUCAUGGCGCCGGCUGGUGCCGUACCUGAUGGUGUACGGCCGCAGCCACCCCGGCGGGCGGCUGCACUGGGGCGGCCUCAAGGCCUUCGCGGACGGCAGCUUGGGCUCACGCACCGCACUCAUGUGGCAGCCCUACGCUGACACACCCGCCGCCGACACAGGCAGCAGCAGCAGUGGUGGUGUAGGUGAGGAGGGCUGUGGUGCAGCAGUAGGGGGCGGCGGCAGCGGUCCCUCGGUGUGCGGGCAGCGGGCGGCGGGGCGUGAGGAGCUGCGGCAGCUGGCGGCGGCGGCGGUCAAGGCGGGGCUGCAGGUGUCGGUGCACGCCAUUGGCGACCGGGCGGUGGACGAGGUGGCGGCGGCCCUGGCGGCGGCGCUGGCGGAGGCCGUGGCGGCGGGCGUGGACGCCGCGGAAGAGGCGGAGCGGGCGGAGGAGCGGGCGGCGCAGGGAGGGUUAGCAGAGGCGGCGCAGGAGACUGAGGAGGCGGCACUGCGGCGGCGGGUGCGGCAGCUGGGGGAGCGGCUGCGGCUGAGGGUGGAGCACGUGCAGCACGUGUCCGGCGCCGCCAACGUGAGCGCCGCCCUGGCCGCCGCCGGCCUCACGCCGGUGCCCAACCCGCUGCACGCGCUCACGGACGCGGCCAUGCUGCGCCCCCGCCUGGGCGCGGACCGGGCCGCCAGGGCCUUCCCGCUGGCCUCGCUGGCGGCGGCGGGGCUGCGGCCGGCACUGGCCAGCGACUGGCCGGUGGUGGACCUGCAGCCGCUCACGGGGCUGUACGCCGCGGUGCACCGCCGCCCGCCGCCGCCCGCAGUGGCCGCAGCCGCCAACUGCAGGCUGCCGCCACACGCGCCGCCGCUGCCGCAGCCCGUGGGGGCCGCCGGUGCCGGUGGCGGUUACGGCCACCAUGGCGGGGCGGGGGCGGCGAGUGCGGGCGCCGCGUGUGAGGCCUUCCUGGCGGCUGUGGCUGCAGCGGGGCUGGGCGAGGCGGAGCGGGCGGAGGCGGCGAGCGGCUGUGCGCCUGAGGCACUGCUUGCUGGGGAGUCGGGUGGCAGCGACGACUACGGUGGCAGUGGCGGUGACCUCGGCGGCGGCGGCAGUGGGGUUGAUGAGCGGCUGGGGGUGGAGGCGGCAUUGCUGGGGCACACGGCCUGGGGGGCGCGAGCCAUUGGGCUGGAGGGCUAUGUGGGUGUGUUGGCACCGGGCGCCCGGGCGGAUUUUGUGGAGGUGGCGGGACCUGGCAGCGGCAGUGAAGGCGGUGGCGGCGUGUGGCCGGGAGGGGAGCCGGCUGCAGCUGCGGCGCGGCUGCGGCGGUGUCUGCCGGUGGUGCUGAGGACGUGGCUGGAUGGGCAGCUGGUAUUCGACGCGGAGGAGCAGCAGCGGGAGGAGGGGGCGGCACCGGUGGACGCUGAGUAGUCGUGAGUUCGGUGGAACACGGGACACGGGAGGCAUGGCGUGGGCAGUCGGCGAGUGAGGGCAUCGGCAAGCGUGUGAGCUGUGAGGCAGUGAGGGCACAGCGCGGCACACGGACUUGCAGGGACGGCGGUGGCGGCCAUUGCGGCGCUGGCAAGCAGCGAGUUUGCUGAUGAUACUUAACAUACGUGAGCGCCGUGAGCCAUGGGCCCCUCCCUAGCCCCUCGUGGUGAG